UUUAAUUUUUCGGUAGCCAAAAAAACACAAAGGGAGUUCUACUCUCCGCAGUUCGGAUCCACAUUUUGAAAAUUAAAAAUCCUAUUCAUUUCAGCUUGAAUAUUUCCGCCAUGGAAGUUCAGGUGAGAAUCUUCAAUCGCCAUCUCCUCAAUACUCCAACAAGUUUUCUGAAGGUCCCUCUCCUUUCUUAUCGAUCGUUGAGCCCUCAAUACCAUCGCCCAUCCCACUUGAUUUCAACAGCUUCCCUUUCUCUUUCUCGCACUAACUCCUACUUCUCGCCCCUUUUCCACUCACCCAUCAGUCCAAAGCCAAAUCUCAGUAGUUUCUUUCUCUCUAUCUCUUCUUCUCACCGCUUGAACACAUCGACUCCAACUAAUUAUUCCAAUUUCAGUUUCAAAUUCCAUCCAAACGACGGUGUCUUCGCAUGGCAUCGAGCUCCGGGGAGUGGCGUCGUGGGUGCUGUGGGUGCCAAAGACCCAGUUGUGACUGUGGUGUUGUUGGGUUGGCUUGGAGCGAAGCAGAAACAUCUAAACAAGUACGUCGAGUGGUACAAUUCAAGAGGGAUUAACGCUAUUACGUUCAUUGUUGAAGUGGGAGAGUUGCUUUGGUUUGAUUUGGGAGAGAGAGUUGAGAAGCGGGUAACUGCAUUGGCAAACGAGCUCAUUUCGUGGGUUUCAGAGAGUCAGGAAGAUGGUAGAGAACGUUGUUUGGUUUUUCACACUUUUAGCAACACCGGUUGGUUUGUGUAUGGUUAUAUUCUUGACAUUCUGCAAGCUAGAGAGGACCUAAAGGAGAAGAUCAAAGGAUGUGUUGUUGAUUCAGGAGGAGGCGACCCCUUUAAUCCCAAGGUCUGGGCUGCUGGAUUUUCUGCUGCUCUGUUGAAGAAACGCAGCUCUGGAGCACAGCUUCUGGUUGAGGCCAAAGCGAUAAAUGAAUUAGGAAGUCAAGCGUGUGAGUCCAAUAUUCAGGAAAAGGAACCACCAUUAGUUGAAGCCAUGGUGCUAUCAGUACUGGAGAAGCUAUUCUCUGUAGUGCUGAAGUCGCCUGAUGUGGAUCAGAAGGUGAAGAAGAUUGUCUCCAUCCUCUCGAAGGAGCAACCUUCUUGCCCUCAGCUUUACCUAUACAGCACAGCUGACAAGGUUGUUACAUUUCAAUCAAUAGAGUCACUGAUCAAUGACCAGAGGAAGAUGGGGAGGAAAGUACUCUCUUACAAUUUUGGAUCAUCCCCUCAUGUGGAUCACUACCGAACGUUUCCAGACACAUACCUAUCUGUGCUUCAUAAUUUCUUGAAAGAUUGUUUUGCAGUAGUAAAGCAGGCAACUUAAUGCAAAUUAACCUUAAAUGCUUCUUAUUUGCAUUAAAACGUCAAUUGAGCUGCAUAAUUGCCUCUAGGGUGCGUGUUCUAUCCAUUGCUAAUAUACCCUAGUGUCCGUUUUUUCAUGUGGCUAUAAUAAUGGAGUUCAAUGUC